GUCUGCGCACAGAGUUCUGGUCCAGAGUUCACAGACAAACAUGAAACUUGUUUCUCCUGCGUAACCCAAGAGUCUGGCUGCUCAGACAAACUGUGCGCGGUGUUGUGCUGAUGCUCCGGGUGAUGCGCACGGUGCUGUAGCGGGCCUGUGGGCUGUGACAUGCCGGGAGGAGUGCAGUGGACCCCGGGGUGCACACAGACAUGCAGCGGGCCGUGGAGGAGCUGGUCCGGGUGCUGGAGACGUACCGCGGCAGGGACAAAGUGAUCCGGACGGCGUGUUAUGGGGCUCAGCUGGUGGGUGGAGUCUUGUGUCGUGACUCCUCUCCUGAUGGAUCGUCUCGGCGUUUGGGGCGGAGCCUGCUUCUGUUCUCCACUCAGCUCAGCCACUGCAGAACCGUCCUGAGGCUAUUUGAUGACCUGUCCAUGUUGGCUUACUCCCAGAGCUACGGCCUGGGCGCUACGGAGGAGGACUUGUGCGUCCGCGGUCUCUCUGUCCUCACUAACGUGGCAGAUCAGUUGUAUUACCCGUGUGAGCAUGUGGCGUGGGCGGCGGACGCUCGCCUGGUGCCCGUCCGCUCCGAGCGCUGGUGGCUCCUGAGCACGGUGCUGUGGGGGUCCUCUCUGCUGCUCGGGAUACUCAGGUCUGUGCGUGUGCUGGUGCUGCUGAAGAGGAAGCUGCAGAGAUGUGAGAGAGGAGAGGAGGACAGGAGCAGGGUGCCAGGGCUGCGCAGACAGGUGCAGGCUGAGCUCCUGUCAGUGGUGAGCAGUGCAGCAGAUCUGUGUAACGCGGUGCACUGGAUGCCCCCGGGCUUCCUGUGGGCGGGACGAUUCCCUGACUGGACCGUCGGGCUCAUGGGUACGAUCUCCUCUGUGAUUGAUCUGAUCAAGAUGUCCAGCAGCCAAUCAGAAUCCUAAUUGUUCUGGCCUUAGUUGCUGAUGAGCUCUAUGAAAAGCAUGUAUUUCAAACUGUUGAUUCUAAAACAGGUUUGAGUAAAUUGCUCAUGUUUUAAAGUGUCCAAUCCACUUUAUUCCUCCAUGUUGGCACAGGAAUCCCAGGCAUUUCAGUGGAGAAUAUGAGAAAAGUUUGUCCACUAACAUCAAGGCCUUUCAAACGGCUGUUUGUAGUUUAGUUCUACAUUAUUUGCUGAGGUUAGUAUUCCUCUGCAGAAUCAUACACCUGGAAUAAUAAUGACCGUGCCUGUGGCAAUAAUUCCAGAAUAAGGUGGAUAUCUAAUCAAUCUCUGUCAUUUCGUUCAUUCGUUAUUCAAAAUAAAAACAUUUUCUUCAUUAUUUGUCUCCAAAACCAAAAUGAUAAACUUGAUAACAAUUGUUUUUUUCUUUUUUAAAUUUUGUGUUUAAAUGAAUACUGGAAAAAACAGAUAACGGCCGUUUCCCGUUUCUGUGACUUAAACUGUGAUGCCGGACUAAACCAGAACUGAACCAGGACUGAGUGUUGGGACGGGCGUGGAGUUGCGCCCACGUAAACUGUGGGGUGACCACAGGUGAAAGGACCGACGCAGAGCUCCGUGCCCCACAGGGCUAAACUCAGGCGACACUGCACUUUGUGGACAACCUGCUCCACGGGCUCGGGGUCCCGUCUCUCUCUCAAGUCCAAGGUUAGUCCUAGUUUAGACCUGGUUUAGUUCUGGCUCAGUCCUGGUUCACUUUGUAUGUGGUGCAAAAGUUUGGCUGAUGCCAAAUCAAUCACGGAAACUUUUUUUUUUUUUUUUCCAUUAUUUGUUUAAACACAAAACCCAAAAACUGAAAAAAAAAUGUAUCGUUAUCCAUUUUUUCAUUUUGGUUUUGGAGACAAAUAAUGAAGAAAAUGUUGUUGUGUUUUCAUUUUCUUAUUUUUUGGUUUUAUUUUGAAAAACAAAUAAACAAAUGAUACACAGAUUCUAAUCUGCUGCUGCUUUUGAGUCCAUAUUUCUAUAUAAGAUUUAGAUUUAAAUUCAUUUUCAUUUAUUAACAGUUGUAAUGCCGAUUUAUUCUUAAUUACAAAAACAUUGGACAUGAUGGCCAAGUUGUUUAUGUUAUAAUUUCGUAUUUUGAUUCUCAAAAUGAUGAUCCAAUCAGAAGCAGAAUGAGCCUCACCUCCUCCGCUGUCGUCAGACUCAGCAUCAGUUCCAGUUAGAAUUAUUUGGGUCUUUCUGAAUCCUGACGGGAUGGUUUCAGUGUCACUGAAGUCCAGGCUUUGUCCAUCCAUCCAGGAAAAUUGCAUCCCCCCUUUCUGCCAGUCUCUCACAAGUUUCUCACUCACUCCAAACUUUCUUUCUGUUACUCAGUUACUGUUUUUGGCAGAAUAUUUCAUGCAGGACAGAGGCUCUUUCUGCAGGAGAUGUGUGCAGUAGAGUGGUACAGGAGGAACAGGAGCAGCAGAUACUCACGCAAGACUAGAGCCUCUUGCCUCUGUCAGUGUGAACAUUUUAAUAUAUAAGUCGCACCAGAGUAUAAGUCAUAGGAAACACCCAAACCAUGAAAAAAGUGUGACUUAUAGUCCGAAAAAUAAGGUACUGUAAAUCUCCUACUUUAGUACCAGUAUUUUACAUGAUUAAUAGUUGCAGGGACACUCCACUUUCCCCCUGACCACACUAUGUGAUAAUAUACUCUUCUGACAUCAUUGUAUAUUUAGUUCAAUGGCAACUCAUUCUGAAUAUACUCUUUUUAUGUAAUUAAAAGUAUUUUGUACACUGAACCAGCUUUUGAUU